UUUCUUUUUAUAGAAUCCCCAUUCCCCUCCUCGCCGCUUCAUCGCUCAAUCUCAGUCCUCGUUAAGGUUCGAAUCUUUCUCUCUCCCUUUCACUACUGUUGAAUUCUUUGGACUCAUUUCUCUCUGAGAUUUCGGGAAGAAACGGAAACACGCCGACAAUUGUCUGCUUCAAGAUCUGCAUCCUCAAUCUCGCUUCUGUGGGAGGCAAUGCAGUUCUUUUGGUAACAAUUACAAGCUGUAAACGAGGGAAGCAUCAUAUUUAGUGUUCUUGUUUUCUGUAAUUUCGUCUGGAGGCGAUUGGGGAUGAUUUAUCAUUUUUAUCCUUUUUUUCAGAUCAAUCAUUGAUUUGUUCUUUUCUGGGUUCUGAACAAUAGGCAUACACAUUUACCUUGUGCUGAGAUGACUUUGAGUAAUGGCAAAGUUGAGCCACUGAGUAGUUGUAAGGGAGAUUCGGAGACGCCUUUCAGGAUCUUCGUGGGGUAUGAUCCGCGUGAGGACAUUGCGUUUGAGGUGUGCCGCCACUCAAUCUUGAAGAGAUCUUCGAUUCCUGUUGAGAUCAUACCGAUCAAGCAGUCAGAUCUGAGAAAUAAUGGCUUGUAUUGGCGUGAAAGAGGCCAAUUUGAGAGCACCGAGUUUUCCUUCUCAAGAUUCCUGACUCCAUGCUUGGCCAAUUACAAAGGUUGGGCAAUGUUUGUGGAUUGUGAUUUCCUGUACUUGGCAGAUAUUAAGGAACUGAGAGACUUGAUUGAUGAAAAGUAUGCCAUAAUGUGUGUUCAACAUGACUACGCUCCAAAGGAGACAACAAAAAUGGAUGGAGCGGUUCAAACAGUGUAUCCCAGAAAGAAUUGGUCUUCGAUGGUGUUGUACAAUUGUGGGCAUCCCAAGAACAGUGUCCUUACGCCUCAAACUGUGAAUAAAGAAAGUGGUGCUUUCCUUCACAGGUUUCAGUGGCUUGAAGAUCAUGAAAUGGGGUCAAUCCCAUUUGUGUGGAACUUCCUUGAGGGUCAUAACAGAGUGGUUCCGGAUGAUCUAACCACAUUCCCAAAGGCCAUCCAUUAUACUCGUGGAGGGCCAUGGUUUGAAGCUUGGAAAAGCUGUGACUUUGCUGAUCUCUGGCUUAAUGAGAGGGAAGAGUACCUAAAGAAACAGAAAAAAGAAACUGCUAGUUAGAUUGAUUGAAUUAGCUCAUGCUACGGUCUAGUAUAAUUAUGCAUCCCCGAUAUUGUUGCUUGUAUUUUGUUGAGAGUUAUGUGUCAUUUAUGAUUCUUUAUUCCAAAAUUUGUUGUGUAAAUUUGAACUCACGUUAUGAUGGCUACAAGAGAGUUUAGUAUUUUUAAUU